GGAAUGGACACCGAGUCGACCCACUCGGGCUACUCCUAUCACUCCAGCCGCUCGGGGAGAUCAAACCGACACGGCCGUGAGCGGCACAAGGCCAGCAGCAGUAAGGACAGCGUUCGCUCUGAGAGGUCCGUCGUCAUCAACCCCCCCGACACGCCCUCCCAGGACUCCCCCGUUCACAAUGGAGAGGCGCUGCCAGGAGAACCCACGCCAACAGGGGAGCAGGAGGACGAGGCCCAGGAUGAUAACUGGGGGGAAACCACCACCGCCGUGACAGGCACCUCCGAGCUGAGUAUUUCCCAGGAGGAAGUGGUCGGCCUUGGGAAGGGGAUGCACGAUCGGACCCAAGACUUGCGACGUUACCUCCCCCUGGUGGUGGGCGUGUGUGUUGGGCUGCUGGUGCUGGCCACUCCCCUGGCCUUCCUGCUCCUUCCGGCCGUGUUGUGGCCAGACCGGUUGCAGGCGUGUGGCGCUGCCUGCGAGGGCCUCUUCCUCUCCAUCGCCUUCAAGCUCCUCAUCCUCCUGUUGGCCAUGUGGGCUUUGUUCCUCAAGCCGGGCCGCGCAAGCCUGCCCAGAGUGUGUGUGUACCGCGCCUUCCUCACCACACUCAUACUCCUGCUCACAAUGUCUUAUUGGCUCUUCUAUGGGGUCCGGAUCCUCGACGCACAGGAUGAGGACUACCACGGCAUCGUCCAGUUCGCCGUGUCCCUUGUGGACUCCCAGCUGUUUGUCCACUACCUGGCCGUGGUGCUGCUGGAGCUGCGCCACCUCCAGCCCUGCUACAGCGUGUGCGUCAUUCGCUCCACCGACGGAGAGACACGCCACUACAACAUCGGGCAGCUCAGCAUUCAGAAGGCCGCUCUGUCCAUUCUGGAGUAUUACUACAGAGACUUCCCGCUCCAUAACCCAGCCCUGCUCUCCGCCUCCAAACACCGCGCUGCCAAACACCUGGCGGGGCUGAAGGUCUACAACGUGGACGCCCCGGGGAACACUGCAGGAGCGCAGCCCGGUAAUGGGAAUCAGUCACGCGCCAUGGUUACAGCUGCCGCCAAGCGCAAAGACACCGCCCCCAACGAGCUGUACUACGAAGAGGCCGACUACGAGAGGAGAGUCCGUAAACGUAGAGCCAGGCUGGUGGUAGCUGUGGAGGAGGCCUUCACACACGUCCGACGGAUGAAGAAAGAGGACGAGCGUACAACACCGUCCGACAUCAUGGAUGUGCGUGAAGCCGCUCUGGCUAUAUUUCCCUCCAUGGCCCGGGCCCUGCAGAAGUACCUCCGCACCACCAGGAGGCAGCACUGCCACAGCAUGGAGAGCAUCCAGAAGCACCUCGCGUUCUGCCUCGUCAAUAACAUGAGCCCGAAGGCCUUCCUGGAGGCCUACCUGGCCCCGAGUCCGACCCUGCAGUACGGACCCGAGCGCUGGAUGGCCGACCAGUGGACUUUGGUCAGCGAGGCUUCCGUCACCGGCGGCGUCAAGGAGGGGUCCGAGUUCCUCCUGAAGUGUCUGGACUUUAGUUUAGCUGUGAACAUCAAGGGCAUCCCGUACAUCCGACUGACCGAGGAGUUCAUCGACCCCAAGUCUCACAAGUUUAUACUGCUGCUCCAAUCAGAAACCUCCGUUUAACACAGUGGACCAAGCGCUGCUGAUCUGGACUUACGGGACUGUUACCAUUUACAGUUUGUUUACUGUUUACUUUGUUUACUGUUCCAGACUUUUUCAACAACAAAAAUAAUUUUGUACUGUUUUUUUUACUUACGUGUGUGGAAUUUCCUCACAUGGAGCAUCUUUUGUCCUUGUCUUUGUCACGGUCGACAGAGAAUAUCCAGUUCAGGUGUUCCUCACGCAAAUGUUCUUUUAUUUGCAUGUGCCAGUGUGAGCCUUCACGGGAGUUUUUUUUUUUAGGGGGAGGGGGUCAUGAUUUAGGAGGAGUGUGUUUGAUUUAGGAAGAAGUGUAGUAUCCACUUGACUUGUCUCUUCUUUCUCCUUAGCGUUACCAUAGUAGCCAGGAUAUUUAAUAUAACCCGCAACCGUUUUUACCAAAAGAUUGUCUCUUUCAGUCUCGGCAACAAUUAUUUAAACGUCCCAUAUUACAGAUGUAUGUACAGUAUUUAUAAGUGAAUAUACUUUAUCUCUCCAGACUUUUUUAUAUAUUAACAUUUUGCAUUGCUUGAAUUUCUUUUUUUUUGUAUUACCUCGUUAGAGUCCUUUUACCUUGUCUGUAUUUAGACUGUAAAUACACGCAGACAUUGUUUGUGAAUGUCAAAAUCACUGGAAUUUAUUGGACUGAAUGCCAACCACAGUACAGCUGAAUACGGAUGGUCUCGGGCAUCGAUUGUGAACUAACUGUGUGUGUACAGAUGAGUGUGUGCAGCAUGCACUGGACCACGUGUACAGGCUGGGAGAGACACUCCCUGUGGAUGACCUUUAAUAUCAAGAGUUAAAACCGCCACCUUUAUGCUGUUUAAUUCCAAAACAUAAUUCCCCUUUUUAAAUCUUAAUUCAUCAUGAGCUGCACAUAACAGCACCGUCCACAUAAUAUAAAUCCUGCAUUAUAGGACAAUGCAUAACCUAAUUUUUACAAUAUUUAGGACAUUGAGAGAUUGCAAAUGUUUAUAUCAAGUGUAAAUGAACUCCACCCAGUGUCAGUAUUUCUGCUUCCAGUGUUGUGUCUCAGAGGCACACUGCUACCACCUUUCUCCCGGAACAGUAACGCUGUGUGAAUAUUUGAUCCGUAUUUUUAAAAACCCCUUUGUAUUUAUGAGGCCUGGUACGUUGUUACAUUUAUAUCCACACAAGUGUUACUGUGGUCGCUGAUGGUGUAGUUUUGUUUAGGCUUUUAGGGUGUCAAUGGUUGCAAAUAGUUCUUGACUACACAUGUGCUUCAGUUAUAGUUAGAGUGUGCGUGCGCGCGUGUGUGUGUGUGGGAGGGAGAGAAUGAGGAAAAUGGAAAAGAAAGGGAACAUGAGGAAGAAGAGAGGUUGCUUUUUCGAAAAUGCUUUGUCCUUGUCUUCUUUUAUACAACAGAACGUGUAAACUCACAGGAACUGUGUCAAAGUCACAUUUGUAAAAAGAAUAAAUAUUUGUAUCAACCUUG